GCCACAUCCCCAAUUUGGGGGAGUGGAAGGCCCGCCAUCCGCACUUGCAGCAGCCUGCAGCAAUGGCAGCUGCGCCACAUCGAGAUCUUCGAUGCACAAAUGUUGGAACCUUUGCAGCUCCCUACCAUCCUGGUGCUAGCCAUGGACGGAUGGAGGCUGCAGGCUUUCACCCCAAACCUCAGGAGCCUCACCUGGUCACCCCUCGGAUGCCAGCUCGUGCUCUGGAUUUGCCAAAAACAUUGCGCUCAGUUGCUCCAUCCAGCGUAGACCACAGGUUUCUGCCUGGCUGCGGCCUUCAGAUGACUGUGGGGCUGGAAUGGAGGAGACGACGGACGCAGGAGUUGGACGCCAGUCGGGGCGUUGGAGGUGGCAUUGCAUAUGCGAAUGUGGCGGACAUGAGGCCUGCUGGAGUCUGCAGACAUCAGCAAGCUGAAGUGUGCCUCCGAGGGUGGCACGCUUACAAGGGCACAAUUCGACACCUGGAUCGCAAUGCCGAGAAGUUGACUGCCUCCUGUCCGGACAUGCGGGCUUUCCUGGCCAUGUGAUCCGGUUUUCUGGGAAUCUAGUUGGUGGUUUCAGAUCACAAAUUUGUCCUGUUAGGG